AUGAAACUAAUUACUAUCCUGCUCCUCUGCUCCAGGCUCCUGCCAAGUUUAGCGCAGGAAGAAGGCGCCCAGGAAAUGGACUGCAAUAAUGAGACUGUAUUUCAGGCUGUGGAUACUGCUCUGAAGAAAUAUAAUGCUGAGUUAGAAAGUGGCAACCAGUUUGUGUUGUACCGAGUGACUGAGGGCACUAAGAAGGAUGGCGCUGAAACAUUGUAUUCCUUCAAGUAUCAAAUCAAGGAGGGCAACUGCUCUGUUCAGAGUGGCCUCACCUGGCAGGACUGCGACUUCAAGGACCCUGAGGAAGCCGCUACUGGCGAAUGCACAACAACUUUGGGGAAGAAAGAAAAUAAAUUCUCCGUAGCCACCCAGAUCUGCAAUAUUACUCCAGGUAAGGGUCCUAAGGAGACAGACGAGGACUUCUGUGCGGGUUGUCCCCAACGCAUACCAACGAAUAGCUCAGACCUGGAGCCUAUUCUGAAACACGCCACGGAGCAUUUCAACAACAACACAAAGCACACCCACCUCUUUGCUCUCAGAGAAGUCAAGAGUGCCCACUCACAGGUGGUGGCUGGCAUGAAUUAUCAAAUUAUCUACUCCAUUGUGCAAACAAAUUGUUCAAAGGAGGAUUUUCCUUCCCUCCGUGAAGACUGCGUGCCCCUUCCCAAUGGCGAUCAUGGUGAGUGUAGGGGUCGUACCUACGUGGAUAUUCAUAACACAAUUGCUGGCUUCUCACAGAGCUGUGACCUUUAUCCAGGAGAUGAUUUGUUUGAACCACUUCACGAGAAAUGCGUUGGCUGCCCCAGAAACAUACCUGUAGACAGCCCGGAGCUGAAGGAGGCACUUGGUCACUCCAUUGCACAGCUUAAUGCACAGCAUAACCAUCUUUUCUAUUUCAAGAUUGACACCGUGAAAAAGGCAACAUCACAGGUGGUUGCUGGAGUAAACUAUGUGAUUGAGUUCAUAGCCAGAGAAACUAACUGUUCCAAACAAACUAACGCAGAACUGACAGCGGAUUGUGAGACCAAACACCUCGGUCAAAGCCUCAACUGCAAUGCUAACGUGUACAUGAGACCUUGGGAGAACAAAGUCUUCCCGACUGUCAGAUGCCAAGCACUAGACAUGAUGAUUUCUAGGCCUCCAGGAUUUUCACCUUUCCGGCUGGUGCGAGUACAAGAAACUAAAGAAGGAACAACUGUAAGUCCACCCUACAUUGACAGGGUGCAAGAAGAGAGGGAUCCGGGGGAUCCAGAAAAUGAACAAGGACCCAUCCAUGGGCAUGGCUGGUUUCAUGCAAAGCAAAUAAAGGAUAAGAAUCACCAAGGUCAUAAGCAUGGGCAUGACCAUGGCCAUUGGCCACCAAAGCGGCAUGGUCUUAGCCAUGGACACCAGAAACCACAUGGCCUUGGUCAUGGACAUAAACUUAAACUUGAUGACCUUAAACAGCAAAGAGAUGAUGGCUAUAACUAUAUACAUCCAAUGGGACAUGGUCAUGGUCUUAGUCAUGGUUAUGGUCACGGUCACGGUCACAGUUAUGGUCUUGGUCAUGGUUAUGGUCAGGGUCAUGGUCACGGUGAGGGCAAACACACAAAUAAAGACAAAAACAAUGUCAAGCACACUGACCAGAGAGCAGAGCCUUUGACAAGCUCUUCUGAAGACAGUACUACAUCUACACAGAUACAGGGGAGGACAGAGGGCUUCACCUUGAACCCUCCCCUAGCUCAGCCAGCUGUUAUCUCUCGUGGUUUUCAGGACUCAGGUUUCACUGAAGGUGUGAUAGCUACCACAUCACCAUAUGACACGGAGACCCAUGAUGAUUUGAUCCCUGAUAUCCAUGUACAACCAGAUAGCCUUUCAUUUAAGCUGAUAUCUGAUUUUCCAGACUUCCCACAACUGUCCUGGGCACCCAUGGAAGCCAGUUGGUAG